AUGCUAACGGCUCAACCCCGAAAGUCUAUUAUUGAACUUGCUGAAGACUCCGGUCUAUUUGAUAUUAACGCAUCCGACCUUGUAUUCGAAGCAUCUGCCAACGGCAUUUGCUACUACGAUUUUGUGCUCAGCUGCCGACGAUGCCCAGCGUCCGAAGGUAGUGGAAAAAUGCUAUACCUUGCGAAAUUCGACGAUAGCGUCAACCUUGAAGUAUUCGAAACUGUACAUAUUCCACAAGAACUAUUCGAAGAUGGCCUCCCUCAACAUGACCUCGGACUAAUGACUCUCGGAAUCCUUAUCUGGAAGCACGUUAUCGCAAAGUCCAGAGUUCUAUGCCUUGUCCGAAAUAUGGAUGGUGACAAUACCCAACCACUGGAGGCUUUGAAACGUGCAACCUACAAAUUCUCUGUCAGCCAUCACGUACAGACGAUGGUCCCGCGUCGUUCUUCAGUAUCGUCCGGCUCUUCGUUCGGCAGCAAUCACUCUUAUUACUCCGAAGGAAUGCGAAUGCGAAUCCUGCUUUGCCAGUCAAGAAACCAGGUAGAUAAUAUUCCAGCGCAAGCUAUUCGUGAAACUAAAGCCCUUCUUAAUCCAUCCAGUAACCCUAUUUUGUGUUUAUGCUUCCCAAUUGUGUGA